AUGCUUCAAAGACUGCACCAAGGUCAUCUUGGGCGAGAUAGAUGUCUUGUUAUAGCUAAGGAGGUGUUCUUCUGGCCUGGAAUGUCUAAGCAGAUUAUAGACAUGGUAUCAACAUGUGCAGUGUGUAACGAACACCAGAAGUCCCAGCAAAAGGAGCCAUUGUUACCACAUGAUACUCCUGUACUUCCUUGGGAAAAAAUUGGAGCUGAUAAUUUUGAGUAUCUCGGUAAAAACUAUUUUCUACUUGUAGAUUACAAUAGUAAUUUUUUUGAGAUAAAUCUUAUCCCAACACUAAAAGCUUCAGAUGUGAUCAUACAUAUGAAAUCACAAUUUGCUCGACAUGGUAUUCCAAGGGAAGUAAUUUGUGACAAUGGACCCUCAUUUGCUUGUCAAGAAUUUCUGAAAUUUUCUAAAAGCUGGGGAUUUAAGCACAUUACGUCUAGCCCCAGAUUUCCACAAUCUAAUGGUAUGGCAGAACGGGCCAUACAAACAGUGAAACAGCUUCUAAAUAAAGCUAGAACGUCGGGUCAAGACCCAUAUAUGGCCCUCUUGCAAUUUUGA